AGUACAGUUGGAAAGUACUCAAAAGGGCAGCGGAUAGGUCCGAUUGUUCCAAGAAUUCUUUCUAAAACUCAGAGACAGCCUUCACACGUUCAUAUUUGGGGAUAGCUAUUCCAAAGUUUUGAGAGAUACGCGAGACAACCAAGAGUUUUCAUUGGACGGGUGAACUUGGAGAAAGAACGUGAGAGAACUUGUGUGACAUGCGAGCGGCCUCAUAAAUUUACACUACAAAUAGUCAGCUAUCUUUCUUGAGAAGACGAUAGAGAGAUGCUAUAGCAAGCAUGUAUGCGCAUACCGAUGGUGGAAUGGACAGGCCUUUGUUUGGAGAAGCAAGACCUAGGGAUCGCUAUUUGAAUUAUAUUAUUGGAGGUGCUACUGUCCUGUUAGUGUGUGAGACAUUAAUAAGCUCCUUGGUGUUCCCACACUUCCCACCUCCAGCAAUUAAUGUGUUUCUUGCCUCCGUUAUUGCAUUGAUAUGUAUAUCAGAACUCACUUUGAUAUAUUGGUACAGACAAGGAGAUGUGGAUCCUAAAUUCCGAAAGAUGAUCUACUUCAAUUCCCUUACAACAAUUUUGCUAUGCAUAUGUGCAAAUGUAUACUUUCACAAACAUUUUUGCAGAAAGUCUUAGCAUCUGUUUCAAAAAUUAAUCUUAUAGCUAUUUAUUUUAUGGAAAUUCUGAUUCAAAGUAUCAUUAACACUUUAAAACUACAGUUUUGUAACAUCUGUGUUAGGAGGCCUUAUAGAUUGCUCUAAAAACGGUCAUAUUGAGAUUUCAAGAUUGUAUCUGUCAUAAUAAUAACACAGUGUAUAGAUAAGGGUUAUUGACCAAGCUUGUUCGGUCAAGAUGGCUGGAUGUUGACCAAGUUCUUUUUUUUGUGAGUUCAUUUACUGAGAUGGAGUUGUAGUCCACAAACUUGCAAAAAAGCACGAGGCCAAUAUCCAGCCAUCUUGACCGAACAAGCUUGGUCAAUAAAGGAUUUACUGUAUGGGUUUGGGGGAAAUUUUACUUGCGGGACAGAUAGUGCCCUCUUGCCUGCUUGGGUAGCCAAUCACAAUGCAGGAUUCAAUUCGUCUUGCCAACUCACGGAGCUAGCCAUAGAAUUCAUGGAGUAAUUUUCACUUGAGUGUCAAAAGUAAUAUUUUGCCAUUACAGUGCAUUUGCUUUGGUUUUCUAUUUACCAUGCUAAGAGAUUGGCUCAAAAAACUUGCAACACUUGGUCAUUCAAUUAGAAGAAAAACCAAAACCAAUUGCAACUCACUUGCAUACAUGUAUGUUUUUCCACUCUUCUACCUGUCUAAAUGUAUUUGCUUUGAGGUUUGAUUGGUUCACUGGAUUUUCUGUGUCAACGGUGAUUGGCUAGAGUGAUUAUUUAUGAUGCUCAACUGGAAACCACACUCUAUACAUUAAAAGGAAAAAUACAGUUUAACCCCAAUUAAACGGCUACCCUCGGGGAAAUGGGUAGUGGCUGCUUACAGUGGGCUGGCUGCUUAAUAGAGGUAAAAACAAUAGAAAAGCCCUCAUUGGAACUUUGAUUACUGCCCGUCUAAUAGGGGUGGCCAUUUAAUGGGUGGCCGCUUAAUAGGGGUUUGACUGUAUUUGCAUGUGGAGACAUGGCUACAAAACUUUCAUGUAUCAUUGUCUUACAAACUGUUUCUAAUGAAUUAAGGAAAGAUUUAUCUUCGAAUAAUAGUUAUAAAAAGAACCAUUUGCUGAAAAUGACAGGGUCCUCGCUGAGUACAAGACUUUACUAACAGUAAUUUGAAGUUAUGGUGUCUGGGAUUUCUAUGAAAAGCAGUUAUUGAAAGCCUCCACAGUCCAGCUUUUUCAAGAGAAAUCUUUGGGGUAAACAUUCACAAAAGGAAACAGAAACCAGUUUUAGCAACAGCUACUUGUGAACCUUUGAUAGUUAAAAAUUAUUAAUUAGUAUAAAAAUGAACAGACACUUCUACAAUCUGGAACUGUGGAAUUUAGCUGUUUUCCUAUAUUUUUACACAAGAAAUGGAUUGAAAGCAAAGUAAAAUGGUUUGUAACAUAUUUUGGAGACUUGUAUUACAUUAAGGAGAUUUUAAAACAGUUACUUAGAAGUUGUUUGUUACCCUGAUACUUCAGUGCUACUACUAGUGAAGUGUUAUGAUUAUGCAGUUCCCAUUGAUAAUAAUUAUUUAAUAUGUAUUGUGGCUUCUGCCAUUAAGAUUUAUAAGAGAAUAAGUUAAUCUCAGUAUGUUGGUAACAAGAUAAUAUAACACGAUUUACUUGCAAAGGUCAAUUUAAACUUCAAUCUCAUGAGGAAUAAAGUCGUUAAAGUUA